AUGGCUAGGCAUUGUGCUUUCCUGAUGGCCCUCAUAGUGAUGAGCUACUGGUCAACCUGUUCUCUAGGGAGUGAUCUGCCUCAGACACAAAACCUAAGGAACAAGAAAGCCUUGACACUCCUAGAACAAAUGAGAAGACUCUCCCCUGUCUUCUGUCUAAAGUACAGAAAGGACUUUGGAUUCCCCUUGGAGAAGGUGGAUGCCCAGCAUAUCCAGAAGGCUCAAGCCAUCCCUGUUCUCCUUGAGCUGACCCAGCAGGUCCUGAACAUCUUCACAUCAAAGGACUCAUCUGCUGCUUGGGAUGCAACCAUUCUAGACUCAUUCUGCAAUAACCUCCAUCAGCAGCUCAAUGACCUCAAAGCCUGUCUGAUGCAGCAAGUGGGGGUGCAGGAACCUCCCCUGACCCAGGAAAACUCCCUUCUAGCUGUGAGGAAAUAUUUCCACGGGAUCACUGUGUACCUGAGAGAGAAGAAACACAGCCCCUGUGCCUGGGAGGUGGUCAGAACAGAAGUCUGGAGAGCCCUGUCUUCUUGCUGGCAAGACUGA